GUCGAAACGACAUAGGAAGUGCCAUAGUCUAAAGUUGCAUCUUCUUCUAGCACACUGUUCCAUCUUCUUUUCUACCUUUUCCUACCUGGUUUGACUAACUUGGCUGCGUUAACUGAAAUAUUUAUACUCUCUCGUUUUAGUAGUUUCUAACGAAAAAAUGCCAGAGAAGUCGGAGUUUGAGCGGCGGUUCGAAGGAAAGAUCGGCGCCUUUAGUUCUAACGGCCACAUCGAGACGAAGGUCGAAUCGAACCGUGCUCUACUCCAGAAAAUGAUGCGGGAAGCUGGCGAAGGUGGUAGUGGUACUAGGGAAAAGACGCCGUCGACGAGUGUGGUGAGUGGUAAGGAGGUGAAGGACGAUGGUGCUGGUGCGACACAGGCGAUACAGAAUAGUAAUAGUGGAGUACAGCGGGUGAAGCCAAACAGUGGUGUCGUCGGAGGAAAAGGGAGCAGCUCAUCGUCAGGCUCGAAAGGAGAUGGAUCUGGAGGCAAGGGUGGCCAUCAAAAAGGAGCUGCCAGUCACGGUUUGCCAUCAAGAAAAACAUCAGCUGCAAAACAACAAGCAUCUUCCUCUACUUCGAACAGGACAAGGAAUAACAACAAUAAAUCUCAAGCUCAAGACCGAGAACAACUGGAACAACUUUUAGAUAACAUCGAUGAUCUAUCUUUCAUCGAGAACAUCUCUUCAGUGAUACAGCCUCCAAAUGCACCUGUCGGAGCAGCCGAGGAGUCCUUUGCCUUUGAGGAGGAGUCGCCUCCAAAGGUGAUUCAAGUUAAAUCUCACUUUGGUGGCGGUGGUAAAGGGGGUGUCGCAAUAGGAGGAGUUGCUGUUAGUAAUAGUGGUCGCACGAUGAUGAUGGGAAAUGCGAAUCCUAGUGGUUCUGUUGGUAACGCUACUGUGACUGAUAGGAUGAUGGGAAUAAAUGCUAGUGUCGCGGCUGGCGGUGGCAAUUCUGUGUUUCCAAAUCACGUACCAGCACAAGCAGUGAUUCAAAGGAUAUCUUCGACGAUAUCAGCGAGGCAGGGCACGAUGCCUACAGGAGUGGCGCCACCGUCAUCUCUUCCGACGAGUACCGGCCCUGAUUCACAACAACUUCCUGCAUCAGCUCCAUUGAUGACAGCAGCUCCAGUGGGGGUUACGAACGUACAACAGCAAAUCGGUAGCAGUAAGCGUGCAGGAGGACAACCGACUCCGACUUCUACGUCUUCGGCUGCUGCAAGUAUGAACCCGGUCUUAGGCGCACCGAAAGUUGUCUCAAAAAGCUCAGUGGCCGCACUUGUGAAUGCGACUGCACCGUAUCGUGCUGUAGCACCACCUCCGGGAAGGAAUUAUUUUCCAGGUCCUGAGGAUCUUGAACAAGAGCCGUCCUCUGGACCUUUUACUGCGGCGACUAACGUUGCCCAGCACAAGAACUCGUCCAAUGCUAAUCAGGAAAAUACUGCAUCAGCAGUAACUUCAUCUGAGGCCGUUCCAGCAACAUCGAUUACACCAGCAUUACCUCUUCUCCCUAAGAAGCCUCCUGCACCUGGGGCUUUACGACCAGUGAAGCCUGUUGCGAUAGGAACUCGAAUAGGGAAGCCUACGACGCCAAGGGAACCUGGGUCCUACAUGGUGCAGUAUCAGAGAAAACGUGAGAUGAGUAGCAACGGAAACACACCACGAUCAGGAGGCAUGGUUUCUUCACGGAGUAGGAUAGAAGCAGGAGAUACGUCUUCUGCAUUCAUCUUAGACGAUCAAGCUAUGGUACAUCGAACUGCUGCAGGAGACGAAGGAACAACUACAGGAGUGGUGGUUCGUGCCCCUUCGAUGAACUUACGACCCGUACAGCCGCGCAAACCUGACAACACACAAUCAGUAAUGCAACGACCGCCACAGCAGGCUUUACGGACGAACAACAUCGAGAGUGUGCUGGCGCGAGCUGCUGAGAGCAUCUUUGACGACUAUGAGGCGCAGAACCGACAGUGGGAUGUGAUGAGUCCAGGUCUAGACAGUGCUCCAGGAGUGGAUCCCUUUGAGGCCUCGUCUAUGGAUCAACAUGAACCACAGUUACCGAUACAGUCUGGCAGCGUUAAUAUGGCAAACGCAAACAAGGACUGUGCUACGGCUACGAAGGUGGUGAAGACGCUUAAUUAUGCUGGUAAGAUUGCGAGCAUUACUACAUCGGGCUCUGCGAAUGUUCAGCCGACUGUUCUCCAUCUCCCAAUAGCGGACGUCGACAUUAGCGUCGAAGCUAGUGCAGGUAAAAAAGCUACAACUAGCGUAAAUGCAGCACCUAGAGGAGCUCCUACAGAAGCAGAGCGCUAUGCGCAGGAAUUGCGGGAAAAACUAAGACUAGAAACAUUCGGCACUGUUGAACAGCCUGCUCUGCCUGGUGUUUCUUCCUCUUCGACGUCUGGAGUAAGGGGUUCCUCGACAGUAGUACCUCCUAACAUAUCAUCAUCAGCCUCCUUGAACAAUAGUAGCAAUGUGACGAAGCUUUCUCUGCCAUUGCAGUCUCUACAAAGGAGUGGCAUUGCGCUAAGCGAAAGAGACGCCGCGUCUCCAAUAUCUCCAAUACAAGGACACGAUACACCAGCAUCUUCCAGUGCUGCUCUUGCAGACGAGGUGGGUGGUGCCACGGGUGGUGGCCAUGCUGGAAUUAGUAGACCGUCCUCAGGCGGUCGUGGAGAAGGCGGUCGUGGAGAAGUACUACCUCAACAUGUAAGCCGCGCGAACAUCAAUCCAGCAGCUUCUUCUACUUCCACUGGUGUCGUAAAAAGUACACAUGUCGUACUGAAUCAUCACAGGAAGCCUCCUCGUGCGCCUAUUGUGAAACGGAGUGCGAGUCUGAACGAGCUGAAGAGGGUGGACGACGACACAAGUUCUGAUAGUGAAGAAUCCGAAAUGCCCGAUUAUCGAGCUGACACGCCACCUCCAGCAACAAGAGCGUCACCUCCAACUACAGGGCGCGGAGGAGCUGCAAAUACGGGAGGAGCUUAUAGUGGAGGUGGGGGCGCAGGGAUGAGUUCCGAUCUUGUAAAAAAAGCGUCUGGAGGAUGUACUCAUCAAGUGAAUAAUGGACCUACAGGAUUACUCCCAGGAGCAAAUCUGACACUAGGGAAAUUUCGUGACAGACCAGCAGGUGUGGAGGAGAAGGCUGGAGGGGAAAUAACCUCAACAAAAAUCCCGCCACCACCAAAGAUGCAUGUGUCGACGAUAGGGAGAGACGACCACGUGGUAAAACAUGGUGCUAAUACAUCGAUAGUAACCUCCUCCACUGGUGUCACAACUGCUGUCACAAUGAAUACACCAUCAUCUAGCAGCACCAGUUAUCCUAAGCACAUGAACUAUCACCAGCCUCCCCAGAGUAAUAGCAAUUUAUUGCCGCCGAUCGUGCCCUCCGUGAAGGAGCAACGGUCUAAAUCUACUGGGCCACGUAUAGUGCGACGAGCGUUCACCAGUGGGUGUUCGAGUCGGGAUGAGUCAGCAGUAGCAGAGAGUACGACCUGUAGUAGCAAGCCGACACCACGCAAAGCAGUGACAGCACCGCAUAGCAGAGGAAUACAAGAGGGGCAGAAUGGGAGGAGCAUGUCAGGGAAAGUAUCCCAAUUGCGGGAACCGCCAGGCCCUAGGCAACCUCCAAAACCACAGAUCCCACGAAGAAGACAGUAUCGAGCGAGCGAGGUACUCAGUAGUACUUAGUAAGUUUGUUGCUAGUUCUUGUUCUUGUGCACAACAGUUUGAUUCCAUCAUUCAAUGCGAAUACUGUAUAGUUAAGGGUUGGAAGUUGACCUAUCAUCUAAGAGCAUCUUUAUGGCUAUCUCAAGCAGGAAAGCCAUAGAUAUGCGAGCUAGAGAUGCCAACUCUCAGCCUCUCAUAUUGAUGGAAACUAUCAAAAAUCCACUCAGCCUCUCGUCACGGCACCAACUGCCGCUGGGAGCUCCUCAUCUUCAAGUUCAUCAAGCUCCUCAUCUUCAAGCUCUUCUGCUGCUGAAAAAGUGAGAGAGCGGGACAAUCGCCGAAUGGUGAGAAAUAAAGACGACUUGCUUCUCUUCUCAAAGAAGCCACGGCCAGUACAGUAUUCGCCGAAGAAAGAACCACUGUUAUGACGCAUUUAGAUGAAACACAUUCGAAUUCGUGGUGAUGAUAGGAUGAAGAGUGUGAGUGUUAUUUUCUCCUCCAUGCUCGAUGAUAGGAUGUGGAGUGUGAGUGUUAUUUUCUCCUCCAUGCUCGAUGAUAGGAUGUGGAGUGUGAGUGUUAUUUCCUCCUCCAUGCUCUCACUGUAAAUAAACGGAAAGACAAGUGUCGCAUAAGUACACAUGAUUGUUAGACAACUAACUGGGUGUGACAAGAAAAAGGGACCCUCUUCUAAUUCCAGCAGCAGUGCCAGAUCAACUCGGUUGCCUGGGGCCUGACCUGGAUAGCGACAACCUGUUGUUGAAGAAAGCUAUCGCACAUCGAGUCCGCGACUUCUCUGACCAGUUGCGAAACAUCAACAAAAGGAGGAUACUCACUUUUCAAGAGAAGAGGCAGAGAAGCAGUAUUAAUUCUUUGCUGAGGCGAUUUUGAUUUAUUAGAAAUCUAACUACAGGUUGUAGGUUUGAUUUGGCCUCUUUUGAACUAUCAGUUGUAAGUAGAUCCUGCUAGUACCGCCGUAAUGGUACGAAUUUCUCACAUCAACCUUUUCCCUUCAGCUGCUUAAAGAUCACCAAAGCAACCGUUUCCGCACACAAUCACCUUUACCAAUUCAGAUAGCUGUGGCGCUGCUUGCGCUGGCAAGGACUCUACUAAGCGGGAACGGGCUUUAGCGUUCGCGAAGCUUGUACCAAAGCCUAAGGUCGUCCCGAGACAAAUCCACGUGAGUGCGUUAUCAGCAGCCGAUGUGUCAUCUGGACGCGAGGACGUUGUGGUGCUGGAAGACGUUGGAAUCGAGCCAGGAGGUGCUGGACAUGGAACUUAUGGAAAUUUUGUUCAGUUGGAAAUGUACUCAGCGGUAUCAACAUGUGGAGUAGUAGUGUUUUACUGUAGAAAAUUCAGUGUUUAGUCGAAAAUUGAAAAUAAGCGAGUAAGUACUUAACUUAAAAAUAACCGAGUAUCUGAGAAGAUUAUUCCCUAGCAUACUCGGUUAUUUUAGUUUAUCGAGUAGAGUCCUUAUUUUAGUUCAUCGAGUAGCUCCUUAUCGUGAAUGUAUUCUCAACAGCAGCAUUGUCAAUAGCAAGAGCAUAGUGAAGAAAUGUUGACAUGUACUCUCACAUGAUCUAGAUGCUACUACCGUAGUGCGGCCUCUCCAGCUCCCCUAAGAUCACAACAGCAACAACCAAGCCGAGACUCGCUUGCAGGUGCAGCUGGCGCAGCAUGAGCAAGACCGGAUGUUGGCGGAAAACGUGAAGCGUUUUUUGAAUGGGACAGACGGUUGAGAAGCCUAAGGGUCCGAUCUUCUAAAUACUUAUUUUGUCACUACAGAGUCAUUACGAUUACACUGACAAUCGACAACGACACUCCUGUCAACAACUCCGAAUUUCUCGUUCGUCCAUUAUCCUACUCCUAAGUUUCCAGUUCUUACUUUUUCCUGCACUUUUAUCCAGAGAAGAAAGAAUAUGAUCGUCCAAAAAAG